UUUACCAAUUACCGUACAUUAAGUUUGACUCUACACCGACGGAAACGUGUAUGUCACAUGACCCAAAGCGCGCGUCAUACACUUUUGUAUUGUAGUCAAAGAGUGUCUGUCUCCACUUUUUUUAAUAACUUAUUUUUAGUCGUAUUUGGCGGUCUAUUAGACUACCAACAAAGUAAUAAUUUUGUGUUAGACAAACUAAUUGACAAUGAAUAAGUUAAAUAUAGAUAACAUUAAAAUCAUGUCAGACUCACAGGUUAAUUAUGAAAUGAGGUGAGUAGACUGAAACUAAAACUAUUAAAUUAACUAUUAAUAAACAUUAAUUAAUUAAUUAUUAAUAAACAAACAAAAAAUCAAACGCAUGCCAAAAUCAAAAGUUAAGCACUUUCAAUUGACUUGCAGACUGCAGUACUAAGACUAAUUCCUAAGUACUUAUAAGGAUUCAGUGAAAAUAAUACAGUACAUGUAACAGUCAGAAUCAGAAGUCAACUAUGGAAGUGUUAAAGUUAAGGCUAAGGACAGUUAAGUCUAAGUUAAGGUUAUACUAUAUACAUAAUAGUAAUAGUCAUAAUACAGUAAAGAAUAAUAGUGACACGGUGAAUGACUUUUUGAGUGACUUACUUGAAACAUACAUAUUAUAAUAAUAUCAUUGGGACGGGAUCUUUGCCACCUCUUACUCUUAUUCUAAUUUUUGAAAGUGACUCUGAUAGUAUAGGCUAACUAUUUUCUUCUAUAUCAUGCCUAUAAUUUUUAAGGCAGUGUCUACAUGUCCGGCGCGGCCGGACGUAUAUCUCCAGCACUAGCUAUCCGGCGACCAAGUUACAUGACCGCCGUAAGAAUACUUAUCGAGAUAUUCGUCCAGCGACCAAAGCACAUGACCACCGAGAUAUUGUCCGUCAGCUUUGUCACGUGACCCCGAAUGAUUUAAAGUCAAAGCUAUUGUUAAUUAAUUUUAAAAUCUAUUUCUCUACCAAGUAAUGUAUUGAGUAUCUUGCAAACAAAUAAUAGAAAAAAAUACUCGGGUACCGGUAUAUUACCAAAACAAAGUGAGUGUUACUGUUGAGCAAUAAUGCAUUCUAGAAGGAAGCAAUGCGUAGCAUACCCUGCGAGCUUGUUGGGGUGUGCGCAUGGCUGGCAAGGGAGGGUGGAUAUAGCCCGCCAAACAUUGGCGACAGCAAUGCAUGAACUUCCCAUCUACUAAAGUUACGUGCUUGACAAAAACGUGAAUUCGAGUUACGCACAUUUAAGAAUGCCAAUUUUGCUUAACCCCCCCCCCCCCCCCCAAUCCAUGAUACGUCACUGCACACUUUUUAUUUCCGGCCCAUGAACUCUAUAAAUAUAGCAGCGAGCUUGUUGAGGUGUGCGCUUGGCUGGCAAGCAAGGGUGGUGCAGGAGGGGGGGCGGUAGCUCCACCGCAGUGCGCAUGUCUCGAGAACAACUAUGGGCAGGCAAGGGAAAGGAGGGUUUGCCUGCGUCUUGCUUGCUCUGGCGUAUCUAUAUAUAGCCUUCGCCACCGUCUUGCUAGCCCUAGUUUCUGGCCAAUUAUAUAUAUCGAGAUAUUAAGGCUGAGUCUCAACCUUGACACUAAAACGACUUAAACUUAAAGUUUUAAAAGUUUAAAGCAUUCGAAGUCUAACCUCAGCUGAUUUGGAAAGGAUUCAAAAUAAAAUAAAGUAUUAUGAAUAACCUUAUAACUUAUGCAGCAAAAGGCUCACACAAUGUUUUAAAUUGGUCUGUAGGUGAACAUAUGGAAAUGUGAGUGAAAUGUCACCCUACUAUGUUGAAAGUACUGCUGUUGUCUCUGUUGUGGGAAAAGUUCAAAUUCAUUGAUAUGUGAAAGAAAUAUUGUCCAAUGAAAAUGAAUGAUAGUGAUAGUCACUACACUACAGUGUUCAAUUUUUUAAAAUUUAAGCUACAAGUACUUAUCUUCUCAUGUUUUUCUUUUAUUCAAGAUAAAGGAACCCCCAUUCCACAGCAGUAAAACAAAAGUUAAGGCUGGCUGGUGCAGUUUUUUAAAGAAAUGGAAUUUACAUAUGACAAGAUCUCCUAACUCUUCUAAAUGACAUUAAUUUUUAAGACUGACCAAAAAAAAAACUAUAGCAAUCAAAAACGUUUACCGGUAUCUAGAUCACUACUGGUUUUUUAAUUUUAAAUUUUAUUUUACAAAUUUAGUCAUUAGCCAAUUACUAUCAAAUUACUUCCUAUGCUACAACUACAAGCCCUUCUCAAAACACUAGAGUUAAUAAGACUACACAUUAACUGUACUAGUACUAGUAAACCAAGAGUAUCUUUAACAAGGGUUGGUCAACUUCUGCUCAUAAGCCAUAUCUGAUAUGACGUCUUGUUAUAUGGCAACAAGUUCUUUAAUAUAAAGAAAUUUCAAAAUAUAAUAACUAAUGGAAAUUAAAUUGACUUAAAAUAAAUUAUUAAUUAUGCAUGUUCUUUGUCAUGUGACUUGUUUGUAAUUUCAUACUUGACUUCUUUGCAGGUUUAACUGUGUUAUUUGUAUGGAGCCUAAAUUAGAAAUGGUUUAUGGUCACUGUCAACAUAGAUUCUGUGCCGAUUGUCUUUACAUAAAUUCAGUUCUUCGUGAAAGUAUGAAUAAAUGUCCUAUGUGUGCAAGACCAAACAGUUUUCCUUUGGUUCGGUGAGUAGGAUAAAAUAAAUUAAUAGGAUAAAAAAAUAAAUAAAAUAAUUAUUACACUCCAUUUUAUUUAAAAUUAAACUUAACACUGGCAUAUGGCAGUUAAUACUUUAUUUUAAUACUGUACUUCUUUGCGUGUCUUGUGCUCUAUAUCUUUUCAGAGACAAUUUUUAUUCUUCUAUAAUCCAAUCCUAAACAUUCCUUUUAAUCAAUGUUCCCUCUGAUUGUUUUAGAGGUAAUGUGUGCAGAAAAUUAUGUGUGGAACAUUUUAAGUACACAUUUUUGUGUGCUGCAAAAUCUACACAUUAAAUUUGCUUGUUAAUGGUAUUGAAAGUAAAUGGAUUUGCUAUUAAAUUAUGAGUUAGGCACUACAGUUAGAUUAAUUUGAUGUUAAAUUGUUUUUCUAAGUUGCGGCAUCCAAAUUAUGACCACUUCCCAAAUUUUAUAAAAGAGAUGGAUUUCAGCUUUUGGUAAUGCUAAUGGUAUACUCAAAAUGUUAAAGCUGGUUUAUACUAAUACCCUCUUUUUGUUGGUUUAAUUGUUGAUGCAUUUUGUCACUCACUAGCUCAGUACCGGAACUGGAUCACAUUUUUUUUUUUUCAAGUUUCAAGCUUUUUUUUUUUUUUUUUUUUUUUUUUUGUUUUUUUUUUUUUUUUUUUUUUUUUUUUUAUUUUUUUAUUUAUUUUUUUUUUUUUUUUUUUUGUUUUUUUUUUUUUUUUUUUUUAUUUUUUUUUUUUUUUUUUUUUUUUUUUUUUUUUUUGGGUAUCAUUUAUGUGUUAAUUUAUCUUCAGUAAAUGAAUGCACUUGUUUCAUAUUAAAAAUAUUUUUACCUAAAUUUAGAACGUUAGAGAAAUUUUGAAAUCAUUGUUGUUUUUUCUGUUUUCAGACCUAAAGUUUCAGAUGAUUCAAUUCAGAUGCAGAAAAUUAUUGGCAUCGCUGAAUGCCCAAACAAAGUGUUGGGCUGUAAACAUACAAUGUGGGAAUGGGAGGUCGAGGACCAUCUCAGGUACUGGUAGCUAGUUUAUUUUAUUUAAUUGUGUGAUUUAGUCAUGUCAUCUAUUUUUUAACUCGUUCCCUCCGGCAGUGCUCCUUCCGUACUUAAUUUAUUUUCAUGAGAAAAAGGAAGCAACUUGGUUUUGUCAAUUUUUUAAAAUACUUUUUAAAGCUGCUAAAUGUUAAUAAAUGUUAAUGAAUUAAAGACGAAAGCAUCAAAAAAUGAAUAAGGUUAAAUUGUUAAAAAAAUAUAACGUUACCGGUAGCGUCGAAAAAAUAAUGAACAAUGGCCAAAAAGUUGAUUUUUGGCACCUCAGACAAACAAAUGCUAGAAAUAGACCUGCCGUACUAAAGCACAUGUAGUUUUAAAGUGAAACAAGAUAAAAACUUCCGGUUUUUAAAUUAAAAUCACGCAGAAGUCUCAAGGGAGGUGAGAUUUCAUUGCUAUAUUAAACUAAAAAUAAGAGAGGUGUGUCGCUAUGCAUCGAGACACAUCCAUCGAAACCCCCAAAGGACGCAUUUAUAUGGUGUACAACUUAGUACCAGUUAAUAGCUAUGUUGACUUCUUAUCUUCAUUGUCAUACAGUAUAAAAACUUAUCAUAUUCUUUUUAAAAUUUCAGAGCUUGUGACUACAAGAAACGGUGUAGUGGGAUUAUGGUUUGCUCAUAUAAUCAGUUGUACACACCACGACAUCGUAUAGUUUUGAAAAGCAAAUCAUCAGAAUCAAAGGACAGAAAGAAGAAGAAGGAGGUGGUGGGCCAGCAGCCAAGAAGAUCGGUUCGUCUUAUGAGACGAGCUGCUCAACGUUCACAACAGCCAUAGAAUUAACUCAUUUAUUUUAUUUCAUUUGAACAGUUGACAUUAAACCAACCUAAAAAGGAGCAGAUUUUGUUUGUGCCGUACUUAAACUUGGUUGAUUCAAUAUUUUCCUCUAAUUAUUUCUUAUGAAAGUAGAGAACCAUAACACAUAAUUAUGACCAUCUCAAAUCAUCUUUCGCCAAAUCAUUUAAACUGGUAAUAAUAAUAAAGUAAUCUAGUUUUCUAAGCUUUCCCUUAAACUUUUUAAAUAUAAUGUUUUAGUUUUGUAAUUUUCACAUGUCCUUGGGGUGGCAUUGUAAUUGAAUUAUUAUUUAUUUGAUGGGUGAGUUAAUCGUUCUUACUUUGUAAAUUUUUUAAAUUUAAGAACUGCUGAUUUUGCUUACCGUACGGUACUUAAUAAUUUACUGAUAACUAUUCAACAAGUUUUUCAUUCAACUUUUUUUUUAAUUGUUGCAUAUCCAUUUACACAUUUCGCUUUGUUCAGAUUAAAUUAUUAUUAUUUUUUAACUUAACUUUUUUAGCCAUAUAAAUGUGUGUGAAUUUGCAGUUGUUGAUUUUUGUGGUCACAAUAAUUUUCAUAAGUACCGGUGCAUUGUUGUAUAGAACAAUUCACCAGGUAAAAAUACAUUGUUAAUAUAAUUUAUUUAUUUCCUCAUGCAGGAUUCUCUUACACAUCUUUUUUUUAUUGCAUUGCUUCACAUUAUAGACGGCUGCCUAGCUCCCUUGCUAGGGCAACUCUGUAUGCCAUUGUAUUUUGGGGCAACUCGGUACCUCCAUUGCUGGAGCAACUCAGUACCUCGAUUACUGGGGCAAUUCAGUACUUCCAAAAUACUUCCAUGCUGGGGCAAUUCAAUACUUCCAUUGCUGUGGCAACUCUUUGCCUCAAUUAGUGGGACAACUCUUUACCUCAAUUAGUGAGGCAACUCAGUACUUCAUUUGCUGGGGCAACUCUUGUCUGUUUUUCACCCCUUUCUCAUAACAGUAACAAUGCAAUAUUUUUUGUUUUGUUCAAUAAAGUAUUCAAUUGCUAUACAAA